ACAUUUGAAAGGCGUAUUGUCAGGCCAACAACACUCGACCUACGUUUUGACAAUACUGAGAAUAUUUUUUGCAUUAUCAAUACUGCUCGUCGGUAUAUCUAUUAUAGACAAUACGUCAAUACAAUCUCUCAAACGGUCAAUAUAUUAAUAGUUUGAUAAUAUUAUUUAACGUGUGAGGGCGCGUUCGCAAAUACAGAUGUGAUGCUGCAUAGCACGGAAAGGUCUUUGGCAAUGAAUAUAUGUAGUCUGUGGCGGUUUUUGUUUAUCUGUUGUAGGCACGUGUUGUUGUGUUUGUGAGUUUCAGUUGAAAAGUGGGAAUAAACAAAUGUGCAGUGUAUUGUAACUCUUAGCCGGUACUGUUUAUUUAUUUAGAAAAUUUUGUUGAAGAAAUGGGCAAAACUAAAAAGAUCAAGCAAGAGCCUGGUGCGGAAAAUGAACCAGCAGCUGAGGAGCAAGAAACAGCAGAAAUUCUCGAUGUUUCCACAAUUAAGAAGGAAGACUUAAGUUAUGACGAGAAGUGUGCAUUUGCUACGUCGAUUGCAAAACCAAUGGCCUCAAGGAAGCUUGCAAAGAAACUGUAUAAAUUAAUUAAGAAAGCGGCAGCCCACAAAACAUACCUGCGGAAUGGUCUUAAGGAUGUACAGAGGAGGAUAAGGAAGGGAGAAUCAGGAAUUGUGGUGUUGGCAGGGGAUGUGACACCAAUUGACAUAAUGUGCCACCUUCCAGUUGUCUGUGAGGAUAGAAAUAUACCAUAUGUGUAUACGCCAUCACGUCAAGAUCUUGGACAGGCUAUGGGUGUGAAAAGGAGCUGUAUUGUCAUGAUGGUGCGUGAACAUCAAGAAUAUAAAGAUACUUUUGAUGAAUUAGCAAAAGAACUAAAGACAUUGACUUACCCAAUUUAAAUGCUUUUGCAUUUUGUUGGUGAAUAAUUAUUGAAUAAAAUCUCCGAUCUCAUUGGAGAGAACAAAUGUGGGGGAACUGGGAACAGUUACUGUAAAUGACUAUGCAUUUUUCAAAAAAUAUAUAUAUAUUGAUUUUAAUAUGAACUAUUGCACACAACUUGACUGUGACAUUGCUUUGGUAAAGUGAGAAAUCUUUGUUCGUGAAUGUGAGUGCAUUAUUAAUAAAAACUGACUUUGAUGUCUCAUUAAUGCAUAAGUCAAUGAUCAAAUAAACCAUUAAUUUUAACGGAGGAUAUAAGAUUCAAAACAUUACAGUGUGGUGAAGAAAAAUUAGGCAUUGCCAUUUGACUUUAUUUUGUUGAUUUUGAGAUACCCUGCAUAACAUAACAGUAAUGGUUACCAAACAUUGUUACAAUACUCAUGAAAUUAACACAGAAAUUAAUUUUCCAUUUGAAAGUUUUCUAAUUUAGCUAAGUUGGUUAAAAGGUUUAUGCAAAAUAUACAUUUCUUUACAGCUUUUGUACAGAUUUUUUAAUUCUCUCAGUGCAGCUUAACAGCUAUUUUCAUAUCACAAAACAGCUAGUGUAUCUCAGUAUGUUAAAUUUCAUUAAGUGUUUCAAAAUGAAGGUAAUACUUCAGUUAUUGACCAACAUUAUAUAUGGAAUGUGAGCAAAUGGAUGGCACACUGCUUUGGCGCUUGUAAUGAGAUCAAAAUUCAGUCCAGAUGUUACCUUCUGGAAGCAACUUAUUUCCAGCAAACAAAGAUUAUUUCAAAGUAUUUAUUGUAAAUCUGUUUCUAGUAUUAACCAUUGCACUUUUCCUUUGGCUGCAAAUAAUUUGGUCCAUCAAAUUCAGAAAAAAGGCCAAUUAUUAGGCUUUAAAAGCAGCUAUUUAACUGCCAAAGAUUAUUACAGAACAACUAUGUGCCAUGAUGUUGUAAACAGACAAUGCAUAUGUAGAUGUAACUGUUUGAAUUUUGUGCAGGAACUAUUCUGAAUAAUUGCAGUAACCUUCAUGGAGGAUUAUUUGCCGCAUAAAGCCUACCUACUCCACUUGUGGAGGAAUGCCAAGUAUGUUAGCUGACUUUAAAUUGAAAACAUAUUAUACAAAGUGGCCAUUCUUUUAAGUCACACCAGUAAACGUAAAAAAUAAGUGGUGCAGUUUCCUAAGUACAAAAGCUAUGGGAGAUCAGUAACAGACCUGAAUACGUAAUUAAAUAUGUGGUGUUGCAGUA